AUGCUCUUCUGUGCAGAUGGUGAGGAGAAUUUUCUUGCCUUUGAGUGUCCAGGAUAUGUCGCUGGCUUUGUCAUUGGAAGAGACGGGAAGAAUCGCAGAGAUGUAGAAUCAAAGACAGACACAAGAAUCAGGGUUGAAAAGAAGGAAGGUGACACGGCAGCCAACACAAGAGUGAUCAUAAUGGGCGAAAAGGAAAACCGCCAGAAGGCUCUGUUUCUCAUAGUCCAGAACCUUCGUCGCAAGACGGCUCUACAUACAGCGACCACUGAGACAAUCGAUAUACCGAAUGAAGAUUGUGGACAGGUCAUUGGCAGGAAGGGGGCAAAUGUUAGGGCCAUAGAAAACCUGACCGGCACUAGAAUCAACAUCAAGCAACCAAAUGCCCUGGACUUCUUCUUAAGGUUUGAGGUUAAGUGUAAGAUUACAGGGUCAGCCGAGCAGAUUGAGAAGGCCAAGGAGAUGAUCAGAAAGUGCAGCACACUUUUGAAACUCUUUUGUCAGAUAGAAGAAGAAGAUAUCGAGCCACCGGAGGGGUUUUCAAAAAUCGUGGCAAAGUUUGAAACACCUAUUUCGGAGGGAACAACGCUGCAAGAUGUUGAAAGGCCUGGAUCAUUCGUUGUCUCAUUUGUUGUGCCAAAUUCUGUCCUUGAGAGACUAAAAACUGACAUCCCCGCAAGAUAUAUCUUUGAGAUGCUUGACGUCACGAAACUGGACGUAGUUGAAUGUUGUGUGGUAUCGACACAAACAGAUCCAGGUACCCCUGGUGAAUCCAUGAAGACCAGUAAAGUCCCUGGAGAGAUCUCAACAACCCUCUAUGCUGCUGCCUCAGUGGACGGGAGCCAGCUAGCCCGAGUGAUACAGGAGCUGAAGGACCAUAUCGGGAGAAACUGGAAGGCGGUGGCCCGAGUACUGGAAUUCAGCACCACAGACAUCGACGCUAUCGUGUGCGGAGACGAGCACGACCUCAAGGAACAGAUCCACCGUUUCUUCGAGCAGUGGAAGAUGCGUGAAGGACACGGUGCCUCUGUCCAAAAGUUGAUCGAAGCAGUGAGAGCAGCAGAGCUGGAGUGUGGUGGUAUCAUGCCGGUUCAAGAAACGGCACGUGAUGCUGCCACUCGCGGCACUCCCACUAGUGAACGUGAUUUAGUUCGCAUGAAGAGGCUCCAGAAAAUGUCAAUCAGCGACGACCCCUCCUUUCAACCCAGCUCCUCACCCAGUGGUCCAAGACGGUCUGCAAGCAGUCCAUCAAACAGUCAAACCGCCACCGAGUUGGCCAAGAAUUCGGAAACCUCACCUAUAAAGCAGGUGUCUCCAGCUCAUUUGAAGUAGGUCAACUGGUGAAAGUUGAUCACAAGCCAAAACCAUGGUAUGGAGUCAUCUAUUAUAUUGGUGCGGGCCGUCAACACUGACUGCCCUGGACUUCGCCGGCGUAGAAAUGGAUGAGGUAGUUGAAGGAGGGCACUCGGAAAAUUUCUUGGAAGAGGUACUUCACCUGUGAUGAUGGCCACGGUCUGAUGCUACCCACUGUCUCGACUGAAGCUGGACGACAGUUUGACCCUCCCAGUCUAAACAGGAGGAUCCACUAAGCCGGGGGCGACGAUGUGGAGAGAGAUAAACCAUGCCCUUCCACUCCUACUCAACCAACUGCAUCCCGCAAACCGAGUGAUCCGCCGUCUCCAGACUGAUGAAGGGUGCCGCUGCAAAACCAACCCAGAAAGAAAUGCCAGGUGUUUUUGAGUCUACCGAUAGUUCUGAAACCGGCGAUGGUGGGGAGAUAGGUUGUCUUGCUUUUGAGUGUCCAGGAGAUGUCGCUGGCUUUGUCAUUGGAAGAGACGGGAAGAAUCGCAGAGUUGUAGAAUCAAAGACAGACACAAAAAUCAGGGUUGAAAAGAAGGAAGUUGACACGGCAGCCAACACAAGAGUAGUCAUAAUUGGCGAAAAGGAGAACUGCAAGAAGGCUCUGUUUCUCAUAGUCCAGAACCUUCGUCGCAAGACGGCUCUACAUAUAGCGACCACUGAGACAAUCGAUAUACCGAGUCAACAUUGUGGACGAGUCAUUGGCAGGAAGGGGGCAAAUGUUAGGGCCAUAGAAAACCUGACUGGCACUAGAAUCAACAUUGAGCAACUCAAGGGCCUGGACGUCUUCCUAAACUUUGAGGCCGUCGCUAAGUGUAAGAUUACAGGGUCAGCCGAGCAGAUUGAGAAGGCCAAGGAGAUGGUCAGAAAGUCAGUGGAGGGUAGCGACAUCGCUGGGGCUGCCUUUAUUGCCGCAUUCAUGUUGAAGUUCAUGAAGGAAAUGGGGGCCGAAGGCCACACUUUUGAAUAGGCACAAUAUUUUUUUACAAAGUACCACACCUUUUUGAUUGGCAUUGAAUGAUUAUUAUACUGUGUGUUAUCAGCAACUUGGAAUAAGAUAAAAACUAUAAUACAGUCUAAAACGAUAAUCGAUGCUGAUAAAGGCUACUUACGUACUAUAUAUACAUAAUUAUAUCGGCAUUAAAAAUAUGGGGAAUGGUUAAUAACGGUUAUUGGCUCGUGCAAUCUAAGACAGAUAGGGAGUUAGAGAAGUUUAUCAUCACAGGUUGCUACUAGAGUCGACUGGCUCCAGCUUAUCACCCCCGGAGACCUCGGCCAGCUGGGCCCCGUCAGUCCCGUCUGUCCUGUCAAACUUGUUUUUGACUCCCAGCAGCUUCUUGAGGUUGUCGCUCAUGAAGUAGGGCUUCUCUUCCGUCCCGUCGUUCCUCUCGUAGUCUUCCACUGGAGGACGAGGGGCAGAGGUUACACACACACAUAUGGUAGGUAGUA